UUUUCCCUGAGCACAUGUUUCUUAAACGUUUCUGUUAUGAUUGUGUCUGAAUUGGAUUUAUUUAAUUUUUGAUUGAUUUAGUUUAUUCAGCAUUUUGAAUCGUAAUUUCUAUUUAGUGAACUGCUUCUUGCUUUCUUUAAUCAUUCGCUGUUUUAAGCCUUGCUUCAACUUUUAUGCAUUGAUUAUUCACGACCAUUUAAAUGCUUCACCCUUUUCAAGUCUGUUCAAAUGCUCGACUUUUAUUUAUCGGGACGAAUAGGAACUUGCUCGAUUCGCUAAGAAUCGUCACUCGAUUAUAUGCAACUGAACCAAAAGCCCCUAAGAAGCCACCUGCUCCUGGGGCAGGAGGCAAGAAAAGUUUUACGCGUGAUAAGCCACAUGUUAAUGUGGGAACGAUUGGACAUGUUGAUCAUGGUAAAACCACUUUGACUGCUGCAAUUACUAAAGUUUUGGCUGCUAAAAAAUUAGCUAAUAUUAAGAGUUAUGAAGAUAUCGAUAAUGCUCCUGAAGAGAGGCAGAGAGGUAUCACGAUUAAUUCUGCCCAUGUUGAAUAUUCAACUGAAAAAAGACAUUAUGGUCAUACAGAUUGUCCUGGUCAUGCUGAUUAUAUUAAAAAUAUGAUUACUGGUGCUAGUCAAAUGGAUGGAGCCAUUUUAGUUGUUGCCGCAACAGAAGGACCUAUGCCACAAACCAGGGAACAUCUUGUUUUAGCACGCCAGAUUGGUAUUGAACAUGUGGCUGUGUACCUUAAUAAAGUUGAUGCCGCUGAUCCUGAAAUGGUAGAAUUAGCUGAAAUGGAAGUUCGAGAAGUUAUGACUGACGUUGGAUAUGAUGGUUCCGAAGUACCUGUAAUCGCUGGCUCUGCCUUGUGUGCCUUGGAAGAUGUCAAACCUGAAAUCGGGCGAGACUCGAUCACCAAAUUGUUGAACACUAUCGAUGAUUAUAUUCCAGAUCCUAAACGCGAGGUAGAUAAACCAGGUUUAUUACCAAUUGAACAUGUUUAUUCCAUUGUUGGGCGAGGAACUGUUGUAUCUGGUCGAUUAGAGAGAGGUUCAUUUAAGGUUGGUCAAGAAAUUGAAAUUGGUGGUUAUGGCAAAAGUGUAAAGACCAAGAUUGGAGGAAUUGAAAUGUUCCGUAAGACUUUAGAUGAGGCCAUUGCUGGAGAUACCAUUGGUGUUCUGUUGAAGGGAGUUAAAAAAGAUGAAGUAAGACGAGGAAUGACAGUUUAUGCUGUUGGAUCCGUUGAGCCUCAUGAUCAACCAAUAGCCAAAAUUUAUUUACUGAAAAAAGAAGAAGGAGGAAAAAACAGACCUUAUUUGACAACUCACAAUGGACAGUUGUAUUCAAGAACUUUUGAUAUUCAAUGUCAAGUUAAUUUCAAAGAUAAAGAUAUGGCUUUACCCGGUGAAGAUGUUGAAGCUCAUUUAAGGUUGAUUAAACCAAUGGUUAUUGAAAAAGGACAAAGAUUCACACUACGCGAUGGAAGUGUCACUUAUGGGACUGGAGUUAUAGUUGAUUUCAAUCCAAAUAUGACUGAGAAAGAGAGAGAAAAAUUCAGAAAAGGAAAAUCACUUAAAGAAAAGGAAGAAUUCAAAGCAAAAUACAAUGAAAUAUUCGAUAAGGCUGUUGCUGAAUUACAGGCAAAAACGUUUGAGUUAAACUGUUCUAGAUUUUUUAUUCAUCUUUACUUGAUCUGUUUGAUCUCUCCAUUGUCUCUGAUGUGUCUUGAUCUAGAACUGGUAAACAGAAUGGAAGCUUUUGAUGUAGAUACCGUCAAUGAUGCUCAGAUGGAAAUUGGUGACAAUGGAAUUGAUGAUCCCCCGAUGGAAGUGAACGGAAAUGGUACCGACGGGCCUAGUGAUGUUGACAGUGUCAAGUCUUCAGAAAUCACAAUUGAUCUUAAAGUAUCUCGAAAAUUCACCACCAGCGAAGUAAAGGAACUUAAAAGAAGGGCCAAAGAAAAUAGUUUUAGCUUGUUUGCUGUCGAAGAAGUGUCCACAUUGAAAGAAAGAUGUUUACAAGAAGGAAUUAAUGUGGACCCAGCUAUGUGGGAAAUGUUAAGAGAGGACAAUUCUGCAAUUAAAUACGGAAACAGCAAGAAAAAGAAGAGAAAAUCAAAUACAUGGGAGGUUGAAGCCAUUCUCGAUGCCAAAAAUUUGGCCAGUGCAAAGCCUUUAUAUUUAAUUAAAUGGAAAGACUGGGAAGAGGUUUAUAAUUCUUGGGAACCUUUGGAACAUCUUACUGGAGCCAGCUUGUUACUUCGUGAAUUCCAUCUAGCUCGCAAGGCUGCUAAAAACUCAUCUCUUAGUUAUGAAACAUUCAUCAAAUUUCGCUCUACCAUAGAGAAUUUAAUUAGUCCAUCUUUCGGCGAUGAAGCUGUUAUCUUGAAGAUAACUCAAACGCCACUAACUCAUUACCGAUACACCAAAUCACAUUUUAAAAACCUGAAAGACAAGAUUCGAGAUCUUUGUAGUCCAUUGUUGAACUGUUUUGAAAAUGGUAUCACCGCCAAAAAUUAUGCAGCCUUAAUUGAAUGUUUAAUCGAAAAGCUUGGGAUCAAUAGAGAAUUUGGAGAUUUUACAGGCUUCAUUGACUUUAUUGAAAAACGUAAAGAAACGCUCAAUAUUAUUCGUAAAUGGGAGAAAGAGCUAGUUAAAAUAGAAACCUCAGAGUGUGGAGUGCCUGUUCACGUUGAAAAUCUUGUUGAUCUUGAAGGUCCUCCUCCUAAUUUCACUUACAUUUCCAAGUGUCAAGCCGAUACAAAUUUAAUAUUUAUUGAAGAAGAUCCUCCAUUGUGGUGUGAAUGUACUGAUGACUGUUACAGUAGUAAGGAUAAAUGUUGUCCAGCCAAUAAUGACGCAACUUUUGCUUAUACUAAAAAUAGUCGCCUUUGGUUACCACCUCGUCGACCAAUAUUUGAGUGUAAUAAAAAAUGUAAAUGCUCCAAGGAUUGUGCAAAUCGAGUUAUUCAGAAGGGUCGAAAGCACAGAUUAGCUAUCUUCAGAACAGAUAAUGAAUGUGGAUGGGGAGUCAGAGCUUUAUCGACAAUACCAAAAGGACAAUUUGUAACUGAAUAUGUCGGAGAAAUAAUAACAGUUGAAGAAGCUGAGAGGAGAGAAAAAACUUACACUAUUGAAGGAAAAAAUUAUCUUUUUGAUCUGGAUUUCAAUCCGGAAGCCGAAGGGGCAUAUGUCAUUGACGCCUCUCAUUAUGGCAAUAUCGCUCAUUUUAUUAAUCAUUCUUGUGAUCCCAACCUUGCUGUGUAUGCGGCGUGGAUUGAUAAUUAUAACACAAAUCUGCCUAGAAUAGUUUUCUUCUCUAAAAGAAACAUUCGUCCUGGAGAAGAAUUGACUUUCGAUUAUCACAUGACAGACGUCGGACCAAAGCAAAGUAUAAAACAGCGACUAUUAGACCAAUUAAAACACAAUAAGAACCUGACUGCUGAAGAGAAACAAAAAUUCGAAUAUAUGUUGUCCAUUAAUCUAGUUCAUGCAUCACCUUCAUCAUCUUCCACUAAAAACGAUUCAGAUGAUGAUGCUGAAUCAGUGGCGGCUUCUGAAACCAAUCAUGACCACUCGGAUAACGAAGAAGUUCCUGAAGAAAUAGUGAAAGCAAUAAUGUCUAAUGGAGAUGGGGAAUUGAAAAUUCCAACCUUUUCACGACAUAACUUUUCAGGUUCAUCAAGUCGUAUUCUUUGUAAAUGUGGCGCUAGUAAUUGCAGAUUCUAUCUGUUCUGAGUGUACUUCCAUCAUCAUCGUCAUCAUCAUUGUUAUCUUUUCAUCCAUUCAACACCCAUUUUGAGAUGAUAAACUGAUUGAGUUAAUAAUCGAUCAUUCAUUACAUUGAAAAAACUUUCAUCAUGUUGAUUUACUACUUGCAUAAAACCUCAUUACAAAUUUGA